AUGGAGGCCUCCAUUGCUCAGGCUGGGAAACAGCGCCUUCCUAGAGUGGCCAAGGUGAAGAACAAAGCUCCGGCCGAGGUGCAGAUAACUGCAGAGCAGCUCUUGAGAGAGGCCAAAGAGAGAGAACUCGAGCUCCUCCCGCCUUUACCUCAGCAGAAGAUCACAGACGAAGUACAGGAUUACAAACUCCGGAAAAGGAAGACUUUUGAAGACAACUUGAGAAAAAAUAGGACGGUGAUUAGCAACUGGAUCAAAUACGCGCAAUGGGAGGAAAGUCUUCAGGAAAUUCAAAGGACUCGAUCCAUAUACGAGCGUGCUUUAGAUGUAGACCACCGGAAUCUUAUACUCUGGUUGAAAUAUGUAGAGAUGGAACUGAAGAACCGCCAGGUCAACCACGCCCGAAACAUCUGGGACCGUGCCAUAACAACUCUGCCAAGAGUCAACCAGUUGUGGUCCAAGCACACAUACAUGGAGGAGAUGUUGGGCAAUGUUGCUGGUGCUCAUCAGGUGUUUGAGCGCUGGAUGGAAUGGCAGCCCGAGGAGCAGGCCUGGCACUCCUACAUCAACUUGGAGCUGAGAUACAGAGAGGUGGAACGGGCCCACACCAUUUAUGAACGGUUUGUGCUCACGCACCCUGCUGUAAAGAACUGGAUCAAGUAUGCCCAAUUUGAGGAGGGGCAUGGUUCCUUUGCUCAUGCGCGGAAAGUCUACAAAAAAAGAGCCAUGGAGUUUUUCAGGGAGGAACAUAUGGACGAACGCCUCUUUGUGGCCUUUGCUAAAUUUGAGGAGAGUCAGGGAGAAUUGGAAAGGGUACGAGUUAUGUACAAAUAUGCCCUGGAUAGGGUUUCAAAACAGGAUGCCCAAGAACUCUUCAAAACCUAUACCAUCUUUGAGAAGAAGUUUGGUGACCGGAGGGGUAUAGAAGAUAGCAUCGUGAGCAAACGGAGAUUCCAGUAUGAAGAAGAAGUGAAGGCUAACCCACAUAACUACGAUGCUUGGUUUGAGAGUGAAGCCUCGACUUUUUAA